GACAGAACAGGAGGAGCAAGCGAACAGGUAAAGCGACAACUAUUCUGCAUGCGUCAGCGUGCGUCCUGCGCGCACCUCUUACGCACGGCCCCGGUGUGCUGCAGGUGUUGCCCGGUACACACCCACAAGGCAAACUUCAGUCAGACAGAAACUUCAGCCUGUCAGUCUGAAGCGGAGCACCGAGGAGGGAGCACACACAGUCUCAAGCGUUCCAGGACUUCCCUGCUCGUCUGGACAAACUACGGCAGCUGAUAGAAGACAAAGUUCACAUCCUACAGUCCCCCAUUCCUGAGGAGCCACAGGGUUUGGUGUGUGAGGAGAACACAGGGACAGCAGGACUGUGGAGGUUUGCUGUUUUGAGUGAGGAGCUGACCUUUCACCUCCGGCAGCUGCAGAGACAGACAGAGCAGGAGCUCGGCAACAUCUGCACACAACUCUCACAGAUUGGCAGCCGUCAGCGUCUGCUUUCCUCCGAGCUUUUGAAUCUUCAGGAGAAAGCGAAACAGGCGGAUCAGGAGCUCAAGAGAAACUCCAGCCUUCCUACGUCCACUUUUCAGCUGCGUGCUUGUCGGGAGCUUCAGGUCUCCAUCAACGAUCGUCUGCUCCAAUCAGGGAGGCUGGUGUUCCAGGAGGAGGCACUGAGCACGCUCUAUAACCUGCUGACCCAAGACCUGCAGAGGUACCAGGAAGAGACCCAGAGACUGACCCACUUUAAGCAGAAAAUACUCAAACAUUCCCACAGGUCAGAGAGAGAGGAAAAGUCCCCCAGCAGAGAGAGUGACCGAAGCAUGCAGGGAAAGACAGAGCAGGGAAACAACAUGCAAGCGAUCGAGUCUUCUUCCCCCAAAUCACCUUUAAGUGUUCAUCAGCCCGUCAUCAAAGAUGAGACCAAUGAAAUCAGGAAAGCCAGUCAGAAGUCAUCCGCAGUCCUGACCCGCAAUUCAAACCUGCGCCGAGCCGGCAGCAUUAAAGACCUGAUCAGUAAAUUCUCUGGACCAGAGCAUGCCUCUGCUCCACAGAGCCCUUCCUCUGGAUCCCAAAAGUCUCCCUUUGCUGAGCCUCUUGGGUCCCCAAAGUCCAAGAUGAGCCUGACUACACUGAGCAGUGUUGGACAAGACAAGAGUCCAGUCCCCAGCAUCUGUGUGACUCCACCAGUCAGGCAAAACAGUCAGAAUAGGGCUGACUCAGCUCAGAGUGGAACCAAAACGAAUCAGAUCACUGCGAGGAUUGAUUGUCCGCUAGGAGACGGCAGUGAGAAGACUGAGGCAAAGAGGAAAACACAAACCACAGACUCUAGUAGAGAUUCGGUUGCUGACUCCGGUAUGGGAUCGGAGUCUGAAUUAGAUACAAACAAGCACCCAGAAAGCCCGUCAGAAGACGAGCCCACCACGCCCAAAGUCGUGACCAGUGGCCAGAACCCGAAAUAUCAGCUGUUCCUCAACAACGAGACGAAGACCAAUGGGGUGAGCGGCAGGGAUGCAGAUGGUCCGGUAGAAGGCGGGCCGGUUGGGGAAAAUGGCCCCAAGCUCUCCCGGCUGGACCCACCCCGGCUUGGGAUGAACCACUUUCGAGGGUCCCUCGAGUCCCUGUCCUCACGGGACUGGGACACUAAUUCUGAUAGGGUGAGCUUUUUUGAGAACAAUUCCAGGCCGUUCCACAGCCCGUACUCCACCUCCAUGGAUUACAACCCCUCACACCGCAUGUCUGAGUUCAAGCCGGGACUGUCUCCCGCCACCUCAGAGCUGAACCUCUACAGCUUCAACAGUCGCAGCACCAGCCCAGUGGGCCUGCCCUCUCACAACUCCCGUCCUCGAUACUCUGCCUACGACUCUCUGAUGAGGAGGAGGACCGAGAUGAACAACCCUCAGCAGCAGCAGCAGCAGAUGCCACAGAUGAUGAACACCCACUACAGUGUGCGCUCUAACACAGUGGGAUCUUCACCCAAUAGAAAGGACUACAUAGAGGAGUUGACCAAGCAGCUGGACGCCUGUCAGAAGCGUAACCAGUUCCUGGAGGCAGAGAGUGUUGAGAUGGAUAAAGAGAGGAACCAGAUCAGGUUUGAGAUGCGCAACUUGCUGGUGAACAACGAGGACCUGCUGAGGACCAACACUCAGCUGAACAAUGAGAUGAAGAGGCUGAGAGAGCAGAUGGUAGAGAUCGACAGAGAGAAACAAUCCAUCGGCGAGAGAUUUAGAGAGAUGGAGAUUGAGGUGAAGGAGGCCCGGGAGGUGAUGGUGGAAGCCAACAAUCAGGAGUACGCCUUCAACUUCCUGCAGCAGUCACUUCAAACCCAGCUGAAGGAUGCUGAGGAGAGUCUGGAGAAGGAACAGCAGCACACCCAGAGUCUCUCUGAGAAGCUGUGGCGUGUAGAGAGACAGCUGGAGGAGCUGGAGUUUGACCAAGGCACCAAAUCCAAGAAGACAUCUGAGCUCAACAGCACCAUCGAAAGACUGGAGACAGAGCUGGCUGAGGCCAUGCUGGUGUCUUCGCAGGCCACAUCAGAGCUGAACCUGCAGCAGAAGCUGCGUGAUGAUGGCCAGUUGAGGGUGGAAGAGCUGGAGGAGUCUCUGCUGGAGAAGGAGCAAGAGCUGCUGAGGCUGCAGACCCUCGUCAACAGACUGCAGGGAGAGGUUUCUGGUAAACUGAUCGAUAAGGAGCGGACGCUGGAGGAAGAGAUCCAGCUGAGAGAGAGGAUCCAGCUGCAGUGUAAGCAGGCUGAGAGAGCGGUGGAGGACCUCCAAAUGGAGCUGCAUACCACCAACCAGAGCAAGGAGGAUGUGUCCAAACAACUCAAACAGGCUCAGGAGAAGAUGAUCGACCUGGAGACCGACCUAGAGGAGCUGCAUGACAGCGAGCAGAGAUGGGCCGCCAAGCACAAGAGAGCUAUCGAACAGACCGAGCAGCUGCAGCUGAAGCUGAUCCAGGAGAAAGAUCUGAACGACCUGCUGGAAACUGACAAGGCCGGCAUGGAGAGACAGCUGCGUGAGCUGCGUCUGGAGGUGGAGGAGCUUCAGAGCUCCAGAGUUCAGGAGGAUGUCAUCUCCAGAGCGGAGACUCGAGUCAAAGAGCUGGAGAACUCUCUGAGGACUGAGGAGAGGAACAAAUCUGUUCUGGCAAACUCCGUCAGCAAACUGGAGAGGAAGAUCAACGAGCUCAGCGACCAGAUGGAGGAGGAGCACAGGAUAGCUAAUGAGCAGAAAGAACUGAUGGCCCAGAGGAUCCGCUCUCUGAAGCGCCAGGUGAACGAGGCCGAAGAGGAGGCGAGCAGGAAGGAGGCGCAGUACCGCCACACCCAGAGAGAGCUGGCUGAGGAGAGGGAGACGAGCGGCCGUCUGCAGAGGCAGAUGCUCGACCAGCAGACAAAGCGUAUGGAGUCUCUGAACAUCCGUCAGACUCUGGACAGCCUGAGGUUGGACUUAAGUGUCGACGAUGAAGACGAGGAUCAGCCGAAGGAGGAAGAGACAGCAGGCACAGUCACCAAAGUCUAAACAUUCACACUCCACCUCGUGUAACGGGCGACGUCUUUACACCGACAGCGCAGUUAGGAUGUGUUUACACGGGGGAUUUUAAAAACCUGCCAACAACAACAACAACAACAACAACAACAACUGAUUUAGAGAAGGCUUAAACCUGUUUCAUGAGGAAGAAGAGGAAGAAGAAGAAGACAAGUCCAAGCAGGCAGUCAUUUUCUUUUCUCAGGAAGGUGAUGGCUGAAGAGCAACAGAAAUAACAUCUGGUGCUCAUUCAAGUUAUGGAGGGGUGUAAGUGUGUUUAUCUUUAACUCUAUGGAUCACAAGUAACAUGAAAGGUCUGCUAUCUGCAACAUGACACUAUGUAUGAGCAAACCCUGAGAUCAUUCUCUCUUUACAAAACUUAGGCUGCCCUUUAAAGUGGACAAAAGUAUUUUAUCUGGUCCCAAGUUUUUGAAAAAUUAAAGACAUUAUUUUCUGUGCAUGGAUAUCUCCAUUUAAACUUUGGUUUGUUCUUAAUGUAACCUUUGUUGAAGACAAACUGAGAAACGUGUUUGUUCACGUUCAUGUUUGAGCUUUUUUUAGGAUUCAAUAAAAUACAUUUAAUUUGUUGUUAUUGUGGUGUCUUCAGCAGACACCUGGAGCUCGAUGAUAUUUGAAUGAGGACUCGUUGCAAUCCUUUUACUUUCUUCUAUUUUUGCAGUUUCAGGAAAAAAAGAAUUGCGAUCAAUUGGACAAACUUGUCAGAUUUUUCAGACUUUGGCUUGACAUGGGAUUACCUUUGUUAAACUAAGGUGUUGAGUUUAAUAAGCGUCACUCUCUCAUCAUAUCCACAUGCAUCAUAUUCAGUCGCUGACACAUUACAGGGUAAUAAAACUUUGCGUAGCUGUGGAGGAGGGAUCUCUGCUUGUGAUUGUAGCUGUUUUUGAUUCACACAGAAGCAAUAAGGAGAUUAUUUAUAUUGAACACUUUUUCGUGUUUGUGCUGUUUUUAUGGUUUUUAAGAUUGUUAAUUUUUUUCUGUAUCUGUGAUGCUUCUGGGGGCAAAAAAAAAAACAUUUAAAAAAAGAUUUUUAAGAUUACAAAGUUUAGUUUGAGGUAUUUUAGAGGGUUUGCUGCUGUAUUGAUUUACUUACUGUGUCUUCCACUUACAGUAUCUGUUCUAAGGGGAAAUGUAACGCUGAAGAAAAAGAGACAAAAGGAAAUUCACCACUUUGCAUUGAAUGGUUAUUUUUGUGAGUCAUGCAAACUCUGACGUUUUAUGUGUGCAGAAGUCUAACCAGAGUUUGGAUCAAAGAUAUGCAAAGUGUUGAAGGUAAAACAAAUGACACUCUAUUGUACAUGAGACAGUUUAUAUGCUAGUUGGUUUCUUAGAUAAUGUGUUUGCUCUUAUCUUGGGGAUUUUCUUAAAGAAGACUUAAGUUGACAGAGGAAAGCAAACAGUGCUGGAGUUUCCAAAGAUUCUGGAAAUAUGACCGAAAGAAGAAUCUAAUCCAGCUGCAUGUUGCAUCCUUGAGUGCUGGUUAUUGUAAACACAUUAAUCAAACAUUCAGAUGCUGUAAAGGUUUUGUUCCAUGUUUACAUCGGUCGGUGUGUUUUGGAGCAUUAAUCACAGUUUAGUGCCUAUGAAAUGUUUGUGAUUCAGCUGUUGGGAGUAGAAAUGCUGCAAAUUGUCACUGGUGUUUUUUUUUUUCCCUUACAGAAAAGAGGUGACAGUGUCUACAUUAUGUAAAAAGAAAUAGACUACACGUACUUAUUUUUGUAACUACACUUCACAGUCUACUGGUUCUGCUGUUCUUGGGUAUUUAUUUUUGAUGUUCAUGUUCUCUAGUUUGGUGAGAAGUUUCUACAAAAUGGAAAUAAACUUUUCUCCACUGAA